CGGCAACUCUCCAAUUUCCAACUCAAUAGUACUUAAUCUCCGACGGUUUCCUUAGGUCUAACAACAUUCAUUCCAACUGACUCCACCGCAUCGACACACUCUAUCUAGCAUUAGCAUAAACUCGCACAUCAUCAUGUCAGACUACACAUACCAACACUUCAACGUUACAUUCCCGCCCGAACGUCAAUAUGUCGCUCACGUGGAGAUCAACCGCCCCGAUAAAAUGAACGCCUUCUCCGAAAGUAUGUGGCUGGAACUUUCCGCCAUCUUCACCCGUCUCUCCUCGGACUCCUCCGUCCGCGCCAUCGUCCUCACCGGUGCCGGCGACCGCGCAUUCACUGCCGGCCUCGACGUCAAAGCCGCCUCCGAAGGCCUCCUCUCCGACACCAACACCGCUGGCGAUCCCGCCCGCAAAGCUGCCCAGUUGCGGCGCCACAUUGACGAGUUGCAAGAGUGCAUCUCAUCCCUCGAAAAGUGCGAGAAACCGGUGAUCGUGGCUUACCACGCUAUUUCCUAUGGUCUCGCGGUUGACAUUGGUGUGGCCGCUGAUGUGCGGGUAUGCUCGGCGGAUGUCCGCUUUGCCGUCAAGGAAGUAGACAUUGGCUUGGCAGCGGAUGUCGGGACGUUGAGUCGGUUGCCCAAGGUGGUAGGAAAUUAUGGAUGGGUAAAGGAGGUGGCUUUGACGGCGAGGGACUUUGACGCGGAGGAGGCUCUACGCGUGGGAUUCGUCAAUCGCGUGUUCAAGAACAAAGAGGAGACGGUCCGAGGUGCGUUGGAUUUGGCACAGCUGAUAGCAACCAAGAGUCCGGUUGCGGUACAAGGGACCAAGGAGCUGCUGAAUUAUUCGAGGGAUCAUACCGUUCCGGAGGGGCUGUGGUAUACGGCUGUCUGGAACAGUGCCAUGCUACAGACUAAGGAUGUUUCCGCCGCAUUGCUGUCGGGUAUUCAAAGGAGAAAACCCACGUUUGAGAAGUUGUAACAUAGAUUACUUUGUGGUCAUUAUGAUGAUCUAGUUGGAUCUAGGCUGCCUUGAGUUUGACGGGUUCAAGCAGAGGCGAGGCCAGUCAAGACGAUCUACUGCAAGCGCAGGAAAUAGAGAGAAUAUACCUCGUGAACGUUGCAUUGUCAGCAUUCUGAAACAUGAUAUAUUAUCAAUGUUAGCC